GUACUCGUACUCGUCCCCAAAUGUUUAGUCUUAUCUAAUCCUCUCAAUAAUCGUAAAAAUCUGGUCUUACCGUAUCGAAAAACCACAUGUUGAUCUGGUCACCACGUGACGAGUAGACCUCAACCAAAUACCGGCAUUUCAGAUUUGGUAUUCCCUACCUUCAGUUGUAAGCGCAGUCGCUCACAGUAACCACGCGGCCGCACUUUGCUAUUUGCUGCGAUUGUGUUUAUGUGAAAAGUACUAUUUUUGUUUUUACCAGGUGAUUUCCUGGUAGUGCCCGUGCCGCGACAGAAUGGACGAAGACUACAGUAUAGACGCCCUUAUGGGAAAACUAGGCGAUUUUGGCAAAUACCAGGGUUUCCAGUUCUUCCUUCAUAUUCUCUCCGCUGUAACAGCUGGAAUGCACAUGCUCUCCUUAGUUACUGUCGCUGCCGUACCAAGUCACAGAUGCGCUAUUCCCAGUAUUGACUACAUCAAUGGAACAUUGAACACAUCAGCGAGUUUCUUCACUAGCCACUACAUUCCCAAACUACUAAACGGAGAAAAUGAUUCGUGCCACGUUUGGAACUCGGAUACGAACACUUCGGAAGCUUGCACCGCGUGGAUCUAUGAUAAUCAAUAUUACAAAACCUCGAGAGCUAUAGAAUGGAAUUUUGUUUGUGACAAUAAAUGGAGAGGAGCCGUCGCCCAAUCUGCAUACAUGUUGGGUGUGUUAACCGGUGCGAUAGUCUUGGGCUCCUUAGCUGACAAAUAUGGAAGGAAGCCAAUUUUUUGUAUUUCCGCAGUACUCCAACUUAUUUUAGGAGUUGGGGUGGCCUUUAUUCCCGAGUACUACAGUUUCGUUUUCAUACGGUAUUUGUAUGGCAUCUUCGGUUCAGCUGGAAGUUAUAUUACGGGUUUUGUGUUAACCAUGGAGUUAGUUGGACCAAGCAAAAGGUCAAUAUGCGGUGUAUCUUUCCAAGCAGCGUUUGCCUUGGGAAUAAUGUUGGUAGCUGGUUGGGGAUCGUUUAUUAAAGAUAGACAAUUGUUGCAAGUUAUCUACGGAUUACAUGCAUUAACGCUAAUUCCUCACAUAUGGAUAAUGGAUGAAUCCCCAAGGUGGUUGUGGUCUAACGGAAAGUUUAAGAAAUCUGUAACCAUAGUUCAAAAAGCUUUAAAACUGAAUGGUCGUGGUAAUCAUAAUUUGGAUGUGGCCGAAUACGUAUCUAAAGGAGCCGCUGAACGUAGAACACAACCAGCUGAAAACGCAGGCGUUGCUGAUCUGUUCAAAACACCUAAUUUGAGGACAAAGACCUUAAAUGUGUGUUUAUGUUGGUUUGCAAAUUCUAUUGUGUACUAUGGUCUUUCUUUGAGUACUGGAAGCAUGAAAGGAAAUCCGUACCUCAUUAUGUUUUUGAUAGGUGCUAUUGAACUUCCCAGUUAUGUCAUAUGCGUAUAUCUUAUGGACAGAUUGGGACGAAGGUCUUUAACAGCUUUUUGUAUGCUAAUUGGAGGUAUUUGUUGCAUUGUUGCUACAAAUUUGACAAAAGGAAGUACUGAAGCCUUAGUACUAGUCAUGGGUGGUAAAUUUUUAAUUGCGUCAUCUUUUGCUAUCAUCUAUAAUUAUUCAGCUGAGCUGUUCCCCACGGUGGUAAGAAACUCUGCCAUGGGCCUUGGUUCAAUGGCAGCUAGGUUAUCAGGUGCAAUGUCCCCAAUAUUGUUAAUGUUCGACUCCUUGGAUCCACGUCUACCAUCAACACUGUUUGGCGUUAUUUCUUUGAUCUCUGGCACAUGGGUUCUUUUCCUACCAGAAACAUUGAAUAAACCAAUGCCACAAUCAUUGGAUGAUGGUGAACAAUUUGGAAAAGGAGAUACAUUUUUCAGUACUGUGUGCAGGAAAAAUAAUGAAACACCAACUGAACAACCCAUGACAACUAAACCAGUUUCUGAACAGCAACAACCUUUAAAAUAAUAAAUUCGUUACAAGACUAGUUAAAGACAUGCGUUAAUGUGAUAAAGGCUGUAAAUUAGUCUGCAAUAUUAAAGAAUUUUAUAGCGACAUAAUUAAAAACAAAUGGUUAUGCGCAUGUAUAAAUUAUGCAGCAUAAUGUUGUAUAAUUGAUCACGUAUAUCAUAUUUUUAUACUAAGGUGUACUUGUUAAUAUUUUAUGUAAAUUUUGUUUUUUGUAUGCAAAUCAUAACCUAUUUAUUUAAAAUAGGUUUUCCAUAUAAUUUAUAUAUAUAGAAUAAUUUAUUUAAAUAUAAAUAAAUGUUAAUAAUAGUAGGAUACUCAAUUGAAUCAAUUUUUUUAGUUUAAUUAUGUACAAUACAUUUUAUGAAAAGAA